CCUCAAUAUCUUCUCACCGGAGACGACAAUGAUUCGGUACCCCGCCGGUGCGCUGCUCUUUCUGGUGCUGUCGAUCGUCGCCGUCGACGUCGAGAGCCGGAACGCCGUUGAUGAUGUGCUGAAAUUGCCUUCGGAAGCUGCGAGAUUCUUCCGUCCAAAUGAUGUUGGUAACGCCGUUGAUGAUGACUCUGUGGGAACCAGAUGGGCGAUCCUGCUUGCUGGAUCAAAUGGAUACUGGAAUUACAGGCACCAGGCAGAUGUAUGCCAUGCCUAUCAACUCCUCAAGAGAGGUGGUCUCAAAGAUGAGAAUAUCAUUGUUCUCAUGUAUGAUGACAUUGCUUACAAUGAAGAGAACCCUAGGCCUGGAGUCAUCAUAAACAGCCCACAUGGUAGUGAUGUUUACAAAGGAGUACCAAAGGAUUAUACCGGGGAUGAUGUUACUGUACACAAUUUUUUUGCAGUUCUACUUGGAAACCAAACUGCAGUUAAAGGGGGCAGUGGGAAGGUCGUGGACAGUGGUCCAAAUGAUCAUAUUUUCAUAUACUAUUCUGAUCAUGGCGGUCCUGGGGUGCUUGGGAUGCCUACCAGUCCUUACAUCUAUGCAAAAGAUCUGAUAGAUGUCUUGAAAAAGAAGCAUGCUUCUGGGACAUAUAAAAGCUUGGUAUUCUAUCUUGAAGCGUGUGAGUCAGGAAGUAUCUUUGAGGGUCUUCUUCCUGAAGGGUUAAAUAUCUAUGCAACCACGGCCUCGAAUGCAGAAGAGAGCAGCUGGGCAACCUAUUGCCCUGGGGAGUAUCCUAGUCCUCCCCCAGAAUAUGAUACAUGUUUGGGCGACUUGUAUAGUGUUGCCUGGAUGGAGGACAGUGACAUACACAAUCUGCGGAGGGAAACACUGCGGCAGCAGUAUGAACUGGUUAAAAGGAGAACUGCAAACGAGAACUCUAUAUAUGGUUCCCAUGUCAAGCAAUAUGGCGAUCUGCAGCUUAGCAAGGAAAAUCUUUUCCUCUAUAUUGGUACAAAUCCUGCAAAUGAUAAUUAUACUUUUGUGGAUGACAACUCCCUGCGGCUUUCUUCAAAAACAGUUCACCAACGCGACGCCGAUCUUUUACAUUUCUGGCACAAGUUCCGCAAGGCUCCUGAAGGCUCUGAUAGAAAAUUUCAAGCUCAGAAGCAGUUUGCUGAAGCUAUGUCACAUAAAAUGCACUUGGACAACAGUGUAAAUCUUAUUGGAAAGCUGUUGUUUGGAAUUGACAAAGGCACUGAGGUGUUGAAGACUAUCCGACCUGCUGGGCAGCCUCUUGUUGAUGACUGGGACUGCCUUAAAACAUUGGUCAGAACAUUCGAGGCACACUGUGGAUCCUUUUCUCAAUAUGGAAUGAAACACAUGCGCUCCAUUGCCAACAUCUGCAACGCUGGAAUUCGGAAGGAGCAGAUGGCUGAGGCAUCAGCACAAGCUUGUGUCACCAUUCGUUCAACUUCUUGGAGCUCUCUCCACAGGGGGUUCAGUGCCUGAUUGUCACAGAAUCCGCAACCUGAAAGACCAACCCAUCGUUUUAUUCCAAUAUGACGUAGUGUUCCUCUAUAUACGUAUUCCUGUUGCUACUAUAAUUUGCUGCUUGUUAAUAUUUUGUCACUUCACUGUAAAUACAGCUAGGAAGCACACAUCUACUUGACUGCUAUGUAACGAAAAAAAAAUGUGAUGUUUGUUUUGGCUGCACAUAAUGUUACAGUGCUUGUAUGCAAAGUUUGAAUCUGCAUUAAACACAGCCUGAAGUGAAAACGAGAGACAAAACUGGUACAUGGAUUUGGUUUCUCGUCCUCGUAUAAGACCUGUACCACCACAUCGAGACACAGUCUGUUUUGAUACCAUGCUGUAAUGCCCUAGUUUCACUAUUUAAGAUAUUGUUUGUUUCGUGUUUCGUUUGCAAGUUUGCAACUUUAAAACAUCGUGUUUUGUCUGUUAUGUGUUUUGAAAGACAAGGUGUUUGCUCAUG